AGUAAAAGAUUAAAACUAUUGAAUAGAGAUGAUAACUUAAACCCUAAGUCUCUUCUUCCUUCCUCCUAAGUCUCUUCUUCCUUCUACAGCUGCGUCUGUCAAAUCUUUUUGUUAAAGAUGGAGAAAUCAUUAGUUGCAACUAAUGAAAAGGUUAGUGAUCACAUAUAUGAUGAUAUUGCUUUGGCUAUUUUGUCUAAACUUCCUCUAAAAUCUUUGAUUCGGUUUUCUUGUGUACGUAAAUCAUGGUCUCUUUUAUUUCAAAAUUCUUAUUUCAUGAACAUGUUUCGAAGAAAUUUCUUAUCUAAGGAUCUUUCUUACUACAAUGAUACAUCUAUCCUCCUACAACAUAUUGCACCACUGUCUCAGAGAUACAAAUAUGACCCUAAGUUGUAUUCUCUAUUUGGUGACAAGUUUGAGAAUAUGAUCAAAUUAGAUUGGCCAAAUCCAUAUGAAGACCCUUUUGAUUUUAUAAUCCAUGGUUCUGUUAACGGCAUUCUUUGUAUUCAAGAUGUGAAAAGUGGGGGAAGAAUGCCGGAGAGCAUUCGUUGUAUUGAAGAAUUGGGGAGAUAUGUAUUGUGGAAUCCAGCUACGGAAGAAUUCAAAAUCAUUCCUACUAGUCCUUUUGCAUUUGAAUGUCCUUGUUGGUAUCCCAUAAUUGAUUUUCAAGGAUUUGGCUAUGACCGAAUUGGAGAUAAUUAUAAGGUUAUUCGGCACGUAGAAUUUUAUCCUAGAUAUUCUGAAGAAUAUGAAAAUGAGACAUUGAAAGAUGGAUUUCUUUCUCCGUUGUGGGAAAUAUAUUGUUUAAAAAGUAAUUCGUGGAAAAAACUUGAUAUAGAUAUGCCUAGGCAAUAUUAUGGUAGUGUCGGUCUUCAUGUGUACAUGGAUGGAGUGUGUCAUUGGUGGAGCGAAAGUGAAAUAGGUAAUGAAGUUUAUUUGGUGUCAUUCGACUUAAGGAAUGAGGUGUUUGUAAAAACAUUCAUACCCUCAAACAUGGAUGAUGCUGAUAUUGACAUUGGUAUUGAUACUAGAAUCGUGUUUAGAGACGUAGUAGUAUUAAAUGGAGCAAUUGGUUGGAUUUCUAAUUAUAACAAGGCUGCACCUACUUUUCAUAUAUCAAUUUUGGGUGAAGUUGGGGUGAAAGAGUCAUGGACAAAAUUAUUUACAGUUGGCCCAUUAUCUUGCGUUGAGUAUGUUAUAGGAGUUGGCAAGAACGGUGAUAUAUUUUUCAGAAAAAAUGAUGAUGAAUUAGUUUGGGUUAAUUUAAACACUCAGAGAAUUGAAGAGCUUGGUGUUAAAGGUGAUCAUCAUCGUUGCAAGAUAAUGAUUUACAAGGAAAGCUUUCUACCAUUUGCAAGCAUCAAUAAUUAGUUAUUUUCUUAGCAAUUGAGGUAAGGGUAAGACUAUAAUUAUUAUGAUUUUAAAUAAAGUACUGAUUUUCAGCGUUCUGUAUUGUUGUAUGUGUAAUAAUGUCAUAGAUACAAGUGAUAUUUUCUUUACUUUUUGAGUGUGCUGGUAUAGCAGCAAUACUCCUAUGGCAUAAAUAGGGACAACAUGUCUUGUGAAAUGAAAAUGUACUUCGUCCUGCAAUAUGUGUUUUCCUUUUGAUUUUGAAUCAUAUUAAACUUCACUUUAACUACAUCUCUAGACAGAUUCAGCUUCAUUAAUUUUCAUUCUCAUAUAAUUAUUUGUUUAAAUGGAAUAUAGAAUAGUGCAGAAUCAAGGGCUGGCUCCAACAAAAACUGAAUGAAAAGUGAACUAAAAGCAAGGCUAAAACUGAAUGAAAUGCAAUUAAGCAGCCCAAAAGAUGAUCCGCAAUAGGUAUUAGUGAUAAUAGGGUUUGGUCUUUGAGAUUUUUAUGGCUAAUGUAAUAUAUUUUGUAAUUCUGCUAAGUUUUUACAGAUUUCUUUGAAGUUCUGCCAAAUUUAGAAUCUAUGGCUAAAAUUAAGAGUUUCAUAAAAAGUUCUAUCUCGACAUUAAGGCGUGGUAUUUUUUUACAACAUAGU